AUGAAGCUCGGCGACACUCUUCCCAACUUUUCAUUGAGCACCGAUCGAGGAAAAAUCGAUAGAUUGUACGAAUGGAUUGGAAACGACAGUUGGUUGAUGAUUUGCUCGCAUCCCGCCGAUUUCACGCCGGUUUGCACGACGGAGCUCGCAAAACUUGCCGAACUCGCGCCGGAGUUUGCCAAAAGAAAUGUGAAAAUUCUCGCUGUCAGCAUUGAUUCGGCUGAAACCCAUCGUCAAUGGGCCAAAGAUAUUCUUGGAUAUUCCCAAAAAGGAUCUGGAGAUGCCCCAUCAUCAAAUCUUCCAUAUGAAAUUAUUGCCGAUGAGGAUCGAUCAAUUUGCACAAGCCUUGGAAUGAUUGAUCCCGACGAGAUUAAUUCCAAAGGAAUUGCAUUAUCGGCUCGCGCAGUUUUGCUUUUCGGACCUGACCGAAAAUUGAAGUCGCAGAUUUUGUACCCAGCGACGUUUGGAAGAAAUUUUGAUGAAAUUCUUCGAAUGGUUGAUGGUGUUCAAUUGGGAGCCUCGGCAGCGAUUGCAACGCCAGUCAAUUGGCGAAAGGGAGACGCGGUGAUUGCGCAACCAUCGUUGAAGAUGGAUCAAGUGGUUCACCAACUUUGCGACGGCGACGCUUCUCUUUGCGAGACCGUUGCACUGCCGAGCGGAAAAGAAUAUCUCCGUAUCAUUCAUAGCGAGAAAUUUAAGAAAUAA